AUGUCGUCAGUAAAAGUUAUACAGUCCACUUAUGUAAAGACUGCAUCAUUAUCAAAAUCGUUGAACACCAGCUUAAAAGCCCAUUUCUUGUAUCCUAAAUUAGUGAUUUUAGAAGAGACUAAGAAAGUGUUAAUUGUGGAUAUUGAGGACAAAAGUAUCGAAGACGAAAUCGUUUCAUUCGAUUUAGAAUAUGAUAUUGUUGAUGAUAUUCUACAGGACCAUAUUCUUUGGCUUACUCUGAAAUCCUAUGAACUUGUAGCGAUCAACAUUCAUAUGAGUAAAUUAAUCAAAAUCAACUGUAAUAAUUAUGCUUACUACAGAAUUAGACAGUUUGGGAAAGUGGAAAAUAAUUUGCUUCUGAUGAGCGAAAGCGGGGAAUAUCUGGCUAUACCUUUUACAACUGUUGAAUUAGACAAUAAAAUAAAGGGGGGUGAAAAAGAAAUUACAGUUUCGCUUGAAAAGCUUAACAUUAGUCGGUCUGUUGUGAUAUCUCAGAAGACAAAAGUUGAUAUGAAUGGUCUUAAUGCAUACAUUGAAGCAGGCAAAAUCAUUUUGGACUGUAGUAUUACAGGCUUAUCAGAGAUGUUAUCUGCAAGUGUUGAGUUAGAGUAUGUUGUUCCAUGGGGUCAGUCGGUCAUAUUGGGCAAUAAAUCAAAAAUGUGGGUAAUAGAUCUUAGAAAUUUCAAUACAAUAUUUGAAUUUGAAAAGGUUGAGUCUAAUUAUUAUCCCUUAAAAGCUGUCAAUAAAACAUUCUAUUACUUAUUAUGGGAUAAAGAAAAGGUGCAAGUUUAUAGUGCUUCAACCCUACCUGCUCAUCAUGACGUAACUGAAAUAUCCAAUAAUAGUGUGUCAAACAAAUCAUCACAAGAUAAUCUUAAGGUCCAGUUAAAUUUGUUAAUUGAGACUGCCCUAUCCAAUGUCAAACCUACUCAGGUAUUGCCUCAGUUGCACUCAUUAUUUAAUAGCAUAUUAGAUUGUAAUUAUCUCAUAAAAGCAGCCUUAAAACUUUGUAAAACUAAUAUUAUAUAUAAAACACUUGUGUAUCCUUUACAAACAAAAGUAUUCAAUACAAAAGAUAGUAAUUUGAUCAAUCUUAUCAGUGAUUUAACAAUUAAAAUAGAUCUGUUAGAGUACAUUCUUUUUCGUGGUGAUAAUUCAUACCAAAACAUUGAAUUGUUUGAGAAAAACUUUAUACAACUUAGUAUUUUAUUUAUAUCUAAAUCAGAUUUAGAUUUAGCUUCAAUAUGUUGGUUAAAGUAUUCUGAAUUGAAAUUGCCAAUCCAACCUAAUGAUAUUGUGAGUAUUUUAAAUGCUAUACCAUAUAAUAUUAAAAUAGGUACUCUUAUUACUUGGUUACACAAUUUUGUUCCAUCUAUUUUGGAAGAAAACCCAUUUUAUGUUGACCUAUUUGUCAAAUGGACAACGGAAAGAGUUUUUCAUUUAGAACAGUCACCAUACUGGCCUAAAAUAGGUUUAAAGUUUAUUCAGGAAGUCAUCUCUGUGCUAGAAAAUUCCUUUAAAACUAUUUCAAUAAGGCCAACAUCUUUAGAUGACCUAGAUCUUUUGAAGGAUCAUAUUAAUUACAUCAUGGAGUUGAAAGAGAAGUAUAGAAUCAAUAUGUUACUUAGUGAGUUAAGUUCCCAGAAUCCAACUGAAGUAGCUCUCAUAAUGUUGCGCCGUUGUUACACAGAGGAUUUGGAAGAUUUUCUCCAAAACAACUUGCCAAGUUAUGCAUCCCGUCAUUUAUUUGAAUUAGAUGACAUGUUACAAUCUUUUAUAGAAAGUGAAGCAGCAAUGAGUGGAGGUAGUGUUGAUGGUAUUCGCUUGCAAAUGUUAUUAAAUGCUUUCCGUUCAACUAGUAAUAGACUUGACUGUCUCCUUCAAGUGUUAAAAGUGUUGGAUGUGCCAUGGAAUAAUACUAUAGUUGAUCUUGCUGUUACUGCUGCUGCUUCUGCAAAAAGAGAUUUUACAGUCACCGAUGCAGAUAGACUGUUAGCACAAGAAAUUCAUAAAGAGUUGAACUACGCAAAACUAAAGGUUGUAUUAAAAAAAUAUAACUUUCCUUUAACAUGUACUGAUUACAAUUUAGUGCUUCAUAAAAUAAUUGAUUCUCCAUCUAUUGAUCUUGCUGAUUUAAGAGUUAUAACAAGUGUUUUACCAACACAUACAAAUCUUAGCAGCAUUUUGUAUAUUGAUAAAUGUCUACAGAACUGUGAAAUAAAGCAAGCCUUAAACUAUUUCAAGCAAUUGAAAAAUAUGGAAAAAAGGAAAUUGCUUAAGACUAUAAUUAACAAAUUUGAAAUCAUCAUUAAUGGAACAAAGUCUAAUGUUAAACUUGAAAGAAAUUAUCUUGACUUCUUAAAAGGUACUCAGUCUGUAGAUGAUAUGCAAAUGACAACUAUAGAGAAUUUAUACCACCUUAAAAAUUCAUAUAAUAUUAUGUUAAGCAUGAAUGAAAUAUAUAAAGAAAAUUGUUGUGAAAACAAAUUGCAUACAUGGAUUCAAAGUGAUGGUGCGUUAGCAAGUUCAGGACGUGGUAGGUGUAUAACUCAUUUGGUAAAUAAACAUCUGUCGAGAAAUUCUGCUUUGUUAGUUCAGUUACGUCAAACUUCAACAAGUCAAAAAGUCCGAGAAUUCGUUGAAUGUAUGUUAUUAUCUGAUCCUUGUGAUUCUAAUAUGACAUCAAUAUUGUCAUCAUUUAAAGAUGGAAAUAAUUCUAGCCUUUUGAUAGAGUGCUAUAAUAUACUGUCUGAGUUAGUUUCAAAAUGUAAUGAAGAAUAUUUACACUACAUAAUUAAAAGACUAUCUAUUUUGCAUUCUUUAAUAAACACAAAUAUUGUUUUAAAGAAUUUAUCGGUGGCAUGGAAAUUUCAUUACAUAUUUUUACCUAUUUCUUCUGUCAAUGCCUUAAAUGAUUUAAUUAGCUUCUAUUGCAAGCUACCCACAAAUGAAAUCAAUUUGGAAUGUGAAAUUUCAGAUAUUUGUAAUAGAAGUGAUUUUAUACCAUUUAGAUUGAUUUCAUACUAUAUGACUGUAGUGUUUGAAAUGGAAAAGGGUUCUUGUGAAUAUUUAUUAAAAAUGAGAGAUAGAUUAGCAAGGAAACUGCUUACUAAGAUAGUUGCUUCACAGGAUCUAGAUAAUGCUCUAGUAACAAUUUUACUAAUAAUUUUAACCUCUUUUGAAGUAACGGAAGAUAAAAUGUGGGUUUUAGAAACACUACGUGGUCAGUCUGACUCUUUUGCGCCUUCCGUUAUAUAUUAUCUAUCAGCUUCAGUGACACGUCUUAUAUUUGGACUAGACAGCAUUUUACCAGGAAACAUAAUAACUUAUCCUCCUCAAUAUAUUUUGAAGUCCAAAUUCAAUAUUGAUUUGUCAGAAAUUGCUUUACCAGAUAGUACUGAAGAGACAUGGGAUGUGAAAGUUGUGCUUUUCCAUGUUUUACGGCAUUAUUCUAACAUCGAGUUAGAUCGUCUGCUUGAUUUAUGCCGAACAUUGAAUGUAUCUUCUAAUGAUGGUUUAUCUUUGUUACUUAUAUCACUCUUAACUAAUUGGGAUCUAAAGUAUAAAUUAGUAGAUGAUGAUCUUGGUUGUCGUGAAAUAAAAUUGCUGAAUGAUGAAACGGAAAUUAUUUCUAAGUGCUGUAUAAUCUGGGAAAGUAUUGAAAAUAGGGAUUUUCUUAAAGAUGUUUUAAAUGACUUCUGGACAAAGGGCGAAGUGAUAUUGCACGGUUGUGUGGUCUCAAUUAACCCAUACUAUUACGAAUUAUACUUUUGUAUAUAUCAUCUCAUAUUUAGAGCAACUUCAAAUUCUCGCAAUAUUAAGCAGUAUUACCUGUUAAAUUUUUUAAAAGAAUAUAAGAGAAAAGGUACGCCAAAACAAUACGAGUUUGAGUUAUUCUCAGUAAAAGGCAUGUUUCCGGAAAUUGGGUAUUAUCGACUACCUUUUCACCUCUUCAUGCGCGAUGAUAUGUGGACUCAUUUAAAAACUGAGAUAACUUUAGAAACUUAUGAACGAUGGCUGCCUAUUGUUGCGAUAUUAUCACUUGAUAAUGAUUUACAAACUGCCAGAGAUAUGAUUUGUAGCAACGCCGUGAAGCAAACAAUGACCUCAAGAACGCGUAAUGACCGUCCAGAUUUAAAUUCAAAGGAAAACGAACCAUGGCUAUUGACUUCUCGAGAAGAGCCUUUGCUUCGUACAGCUCAUAGAUGUGUACGUCAUAUCGCAAAUAUGGAAUGGGCGGGUGCAUGUCUUUUCUAUGUCUUACAAGGGUGUGCUCGAGGAGCUGAUCAAGUAGCUGCAGCUCAUUUGUGCUUCCAAUUUUCUCAACGUUGGGCUGCACUUCAGCCAGACAACCGCGCGGUUCGACAGAUGGAACGUUUACAUUCAACACUUUCUACGCGUCAUGCUUUGCAUAAAAUAGAUUGGGCUUGCGAAGAAUUUAUUCGGCUGUCUACUGAACCAGCUCAGCUUAUACAUGCCAUGUAUCUUCAUCCUAAUUUCGUAGAUAAAAUAGCACGACAUAAUGUCAAUCGGGCAGCAAAUGAAAUAGCGGACAAAAAUGGUAUCAAUAUAAGUUCUAUUAGAAUCCAAAUUUUAGAAAACAUUCUUGAAAAAAAUCAAAAAGAAAGAAUGAGUUUUCCAGGCCUUAAUACAAAAGAGCUGAUUACUGCAAAAUAUAUCCUAAAAGCUACUUGCCCCAAGAUGGGAGCUAUUUAUUUGUCGCGAAUAGCUUUCGACGAUGAAAGUGACUUUAACAAAUGCAAAAAACUUAGAGCUUUUCAGUGUUUGAUGAGCAUUGUAGAUCCUGACACUUCAGUCAAAGUUACUAACCGUGUACGUGAUUCGCUUUGGUCGUCACUUCUGGAAUUAUUAUAUGUAGUCAAUCUUGAAUUAAUCGAUAUGCCCUGGAUAGUUGCCGCGUUCUUACAAGAUAAGAUUCUUGCUAUCCACCAGUUGCUCCAAGUUGCUAGUGGAAAUAUUGAAGGUUUGAAAAUUGCCGCAGAAUUGGCAUAUAGAUACGGAAAUUUGCAAAUUAUCCGUGAUAUAAUUCCGUUACUGCUUCGUGCAUCCUUGUAUGAAGAUAUUAUUCCAUUAUUACUAAAAAAUUUUCAUCCUCCAGAUGAUAUUAUGUGCACUGCUUGGCGUGCAGUUUUGUUAACACCUUUUCAGCGCGCAGAUUAUCCUAUAACAGAACGACAAAGGAAAAAAUGUCUCAAUGUGUUAAAUUUGUUACCAAUAUGCCCAUUAAUAAAAGAUGAAGACUUAAUAGAAAUAUGGAAAAAUUGUGUUCGAUGUAAAUGCCUUGGCCUUGGCUGCUUAGUUUUGCCAUACAUGACUUCGCAGACUAGGCAAAAAUUAACCGAACUACAAAAAAUUGAUAGAAGAAACCUCAUCAUAAGUCUUAAAAAUUUACAAACGGAAUCAUAUCUUGUUUCUGGAGCAAUGAUUGUUCUUGAAAAUAUGGGCUCGAAAGCUUAUAGAUAA